CCAACCACUCGGCUGCUCCUGUUUGACCAUGUGUUGUUUGACUGCCACCGGACGGCUGUCGGUAGGAAGUGCAGGGAAACGUGCUCGGUGACACACACACACACACACACACUACAAUGCAGGCAACUCCAUCCGGAACGGCAGCAGCAUCAGCAUCAGCAGCAUCAGCACCAGCAGCAGCAGCAGCAUCAGAAGAAGAAGAGGAAGACAUGUAAAGAUGGAUUAGACGAUAACCAUGUUCCCGGGAGUCUUGUACGCGCUGCUGGCCGGUUUCCUCGGGGCCGUGGCGUCGGCGUCGGCCAAGCUGUCGCUCGGAGCCGACUACCUGAAGGGAGUGUGCGAAACCGGACUCCGGACGUGGGGCGAGCAGCGGAAAUUCAGGCAGGCGGACGAAACCACCACCUGUGACCGGCUCCACAUCCCUCUGAGGCUGCUGUGCGGCGGACUCCUCUUCACCUGCAACGCUGUGAUGUGGACCUUCCUCGCCAAAGCACUCAGGUACUCCUCUUCCUCCACCCGGACCACUGUGACCACCACCGCCUCCAACUUCAUAUCCUCCGCUUUUCUCGGCCAGCUGAUCUUCGGCGAGCCCCAGAUAACACUGUGGUGGGUCGGGAUCUCUCUGACAUUCUCCGGUCUGCUGGUGCUGCAGCGGGUUUCGCCACAGGAUGGACAACAGAGUGCAGACGCCAGGAAGGACGAAUAGCGCCUCCGUGUCUCCACCAGUUCAGCUCGGCCCGCUGGCCACCCCUCCGACUUUAGCUUCUAUCCAAAAAACAGCAGUUGAGUUUAGUGUAUUUGAAUUUAUUUUUCCCGUUUGAACUAUUUGACUUGGCGACGACCGUGUCCUCGUGUGGAACCAGUGACCGUUUGCCCUUCAGUUUGUAGCCGCGCGUCGCUGCGACGCCUCGCUGGCUCGGCUGUGUCCACGGCGCGGCUUCACCGCAGCUGGUGGAGACGAGCUAAUGGAGGCCCCCGCGUCCAAGUUCGCCCAGAAGCUCUGGAAUCAUCUUUUAUCUGUACGGGCUUACGACGACGACGAAGCAAAAAAAAUUGUAGUGUAGCUUUACAUUAGGUUUUUGCAAAAACAGCACAACAACAACAACAACAGCAACUCACGAGCUAAAACAUAGCAGAGGCAAAUGAAGGGAAGAGACUUAAAGGAAUAGUUCCAACAUUUUGGAGAAAAAGGCCUGAGAGUUAGAUGAGAAGAUUGAUGCUAUUCUCAUGUUUGUAUUGAAAUAUGAAACUACAAGUAAGGAACACGCAGUUUCCUUAUAUAUCUGGCACAGUUUCUUUGACAAUCAACUGAUUGGUCAGUGUACAAAAUGUCAGGAAUGACACAUUCACAUGAUUUAACCAGAGGGGCUCUCAGGAGAGCGAAUCCCUCAGCCGAGGCCAAACAAGCCCAUCCGCCCGUCUGUCAAAAACCCAAAGACGACGAGUGAGUUGUCACAAUUUGCUCCGGUUAAACUUUGAACGCACUGGCACUGACCUUCUCAUUGAACUCUCCGCCGGAAGGGAGUAAUUUGCCGCGUGCAUGUUGCCGUCAGUGAGCACUCACCAAAGCUUUUUUUCCCUUAUUCUCACACUCCCUUCAGUUACUACGACACUCACUGUAAACCAUCUCACGCUGACUUUCCAUUUCCCGCAUGCUCACGGCGAAGGUGCACUCUCAACAAGUCCUAGUCCCACUAAUGUAGCGCCGAAAGGCCCCCAUGUGAGCAUGACACACGUUUUGACCCAGUGGGCGAGCUGCUCUUCCAUUUCGCGACGACGGACGUGUGCACGUCCCUGCCGGGGCGCCGGGACUCGUGGCAAAGCGGCCCGCGGCGCCGCUUCUCAAUCGGAGCGAUUUCCCGCGAGUUGCAUCACUUCAUCAAUCUGUGUCCCCAGUGUCGGAGACGUCAUCCCUCUUAGAGCUCUAUUCCCCCGCAUUUGCAAUCUCAUAUAUCACUCUGUUGCAUCGCCCAUCACCUCUGUGGGUUUAACAAUAGACCCGUGGCACUGUUAAAAGCUUCCCUGGGGUUGUCAGCAAGAGUGCAAUACAACAUUCUUCCUUUAAAAAAAUCUCACAACACUGUGAUUUGUGCGUAACACUGAGGGAGCAUGGAGCAUUCAAAAAAUUGAAACAUGUUUCCGUUAAGCGUACGAUAAUUGUAGUAGUGCACUAGAGGUUUUCUCUGAGCAUGACACGAAAGGCUGCUUCGUUUGAAUGAGUGUUUUGGGUUUUUUUCGAAAUCACAAUUUGCUGUUGUUUUUUAUACAUAUCGUGACAUAAAUGAAUAAUGGUAGCUAUAAUACCUGGCUGUGAUAUCGCACUGGCAGCAAACGCACAAAUGUCUGAGACGUUCCCUUCCGAAGCGCUGCCGCGCAGGGAAUCGUGUCAUGAGAUUUUACAUGCAUCCCUAUCAAUGUGACCGCAGUGACAAUGUGACGACGCAGCCGGCAGAUUGAUGUUUCAAAGCAGGGUGGUACUCACCCACGCAGGAUGCUCCAGCGGCGGGCGGGCGGGCGGUCACGCGUGGCCUCGCACGUGUUGCAGCAACAUCCGUGAAUCCAGCUGUGUGCGCGCCUCCAUCUCCGGGGAUCCUGGGUGUGUUGUGUCACUUAAAGGAGUUGUUAAAGUGGUAUUUAGGCUUUUCAUCCACAUUCUUGGCAAGGGCGUGAAUAUUUCCCCCAGAUGUCAAACGACUCCUUUAACUUACAGUACCUUUAAUAUAUAUGUAAUCUUUGCUUUUAUUCUGGAAAUAUUUCUGGUGCCUGGCUUCCCCCCCCCCCCAAGUGAACGGCAUGAUAUGAGGGUAAACCAUCUCCCUGUGAACCCACUCUCAAUGUACAGUACUAUAACCAAUCAGAGCUUUGCAGGAGCCACAUUUACAGUAUAGCUCCGUGGCAGCGGCAUGGCCCAGAGCGUAAUGUAUUGAUGUCCAUGUGCACAUGCACUGUAGAUGUGGUUGUACAGAGAGAUUAGAAAAACUACACUGACACGGGUGGGUGUCAUUUUGACGAGUUAAUGCGCUGCACGGGAAAACAACAGUAAAAUUCCUCAGAAUGAAUAAAUAUUUUAGCAUUGUGAAGGUGUACUGUUGACACCGGAUAUCUCAGAGGAGAACAAGCUUGUUCAGUCCUUUAAAAAAAGACGUGAACCUUAAGUUUGUUAUGCCAUUGUUGAAUUUAACACAAGUCAAGACACUAUACGAUUAGAGAGAGAGAGCGUUUGCUCCGAUAUUAAAACCAUUCAAUGUGUAUUACAGAUUAUGCGAAACAAAUGUUUAUAGAAUUGUAAAUAUAUUCUGUUGAUAAGAAUCACUUAAAAAUGGCUGUGUAAAUUGUCAAGAAACACUGUUGAAUUAUUAAAUAAACACAUCUCAUCUGACAAACGAA